UCUUCUUCCUCUUCCUCCUCAUCUCCUCCAUCUCUUCCGGCGCAAAAUAGCAGAGAGCUGCGGGGCCCUGAUCUCUCUCUCUCUCUCUAUCUCAAUAUCCCAUUUACUAUCCCCUCAUACGGAAACUCUCUCUCUUGUUCUCUCGGUGCAGCUUCUGAGCUCGGCCAUGGCGCAGAACACCAAGCACCGGCGCAGUUUAGCAACCCCAGAAGCUCAAUUCAAUCCCAACCUCAAAAUCCACCACGCCAAGCCGUCCUCCGCCGCCGCCCACGCCGGUCACCCCACGACCAAGAACAUGGAGCCUUCCUUUCCCUCUAAAGCUCAUUACUUGCCCAGUAACUUUUUCAGGCUUGGCACAUCCCAGAAAGUCCGUACGCCCUCAGAUCCCACCGGUUUGCAGCAGAAACCUCCCCCGACUUCCAUAGACAUCCAUUUCCAAGCGAAAGCCUUGAACUUGUCCGCCGACUUCGCCUCCGCUAAGCCGACAAAGAAACUCGCUCCGGGGGCAGAGAAGCAGAGGAGGAAGGCCGAGGAGGAGCCCUGCAAGAAGCCAUCCAAUAACUUAUAUGAAUCAAAGAGCAAGCCGUGCGAAGAGGAAUCGGUUGUCGACAUCCAUAAAUUCGAGUCAUUAACGCUGGGGAAGGAGCUGCGGAGACAGUCAAAUGAAGCGGCAGAGAUGACGGCCAGAAGGAGCUCGGUUUCCUCUUCGAUGGCCAGUGGAAUGAGGAGAAGGUCCUUCUGCGGGAUGCAGGUUGAGCUAGGGGACGUGUUUGCGAGCAGCGGAGUGAAGGUCGUGUCAGUGGACAUGCCACCAUUUAUGCAGAUUCAUGCGGUCGAUUGCGCGAGGAAGGCCCGCGAUAGCCUCGAGAAGUUCUCUUGCAAGUCGCUGGCAUUCAAUCUCAAGAAGGAAUUCGAUGGAGUGUAUGGACCAGCAUGGCACUGUAUUGUGGGGACGAGCUUCGGGUCAUUUGUCACGCAUUCAGUGGGAGGAUUUAUGUACUUUUCGAUGGACCAUAAGAUGUAUAUUUUGUUGUUUAAAACAACUGUACAACGGGCUGAUUGACAAUACUAUUUAUCGCGUUACAUCAUUAGAAGUGCCCCUUCUCUCGUCUCUUCUGCACUUGUGGUUCUGCUUCCAUAACAUGUAAUCAGCAGAGCCCCAUUUGCUUCUUUUCCCCUUUCUGUAGUACACUGGUACUCAUGUUGGGACCCCCACUUUUUAUGCGGGUCGCGUACAGUUCGAGUUCGUGAUGUUAGUCAUAGAGAGUAAAGAAGGUGUAAUUACACAUUUAAAUCUAAUGCAGUGCAGUUUAUAGAUUACUGCUUGGAAA